CGAAGCUAGAGAAGCCAGUGCUUCGAUCGAUUUUUAAUGUCGUUGCCGUCUAAGAGUAUUGACAGUUCGCCAGCUGUUGCCGGUGAGGAGCAGAAGGGCAAUAAACUUCGUGUGACAGAAAAAUGGAGGCACUUCAUCACGAUCACAAAGAAGGCUUCACUUUAGCUUAUGGAUUGGCUCAGCUUACAGGAACGGCAGCAGUUGUAAUGGUUGUCGUUUGGGCUGGUUACUACAAAGGAGGAUUUUCAUGGCGUUCAAACCCGUCAGUUGAAUUUAAUUGGCACCCAGUGUUGAUGCUGAUUGGAAUGGUUUUUUUGCUUGGAAACGGUGUUAUGGUGUAUCGUGCUUAUCCAAAUUUCCGCAAGUACCACUUGAAGGUGACGCAUGCUGUGAUGCAGAUAAUUGCAUUUAUAUUAUCUGUGAUUGGCCUUCAGGCUGUUUUUGAUUCACACAACCUUGCUACACCUCCAAUUCCUAAUAUGUACUCACUUCACAGCUGGAUUGGGUUGACAGCUGUUAUACUAUUUGCUUGCCAGUUUAUAUCUGGGUUCAUCACAUUUCUCUUCCCUGGGUUAAAAAUAUCACUGAGGUCGGCAUAUUUGCCUAUACAUGUAUACUUUGGAAAUAUGGCCUUUGUAUGUUCUGUCGCUGCUGCUCUUCUUGGUAUGACUGAAAAGGCAUUCUUCAUGCAGACUCCGAAAUACAGUGACUUGACAUCUGAAACAUUAUUAAUAAACUUCAUUGGUGUUGCUGUUGUGGUGUUUGCAUGCCUGGUAAUGUUUAUUUUGACAGAGUCAAAAUACAAACGCCAGCCACGACCAGAAGAUGAAAUACUUCUUGGCGGAGGUUAUGAAUAAUCUGCAGUCAACAUUUUCGUGGUUGGCCUUGUGAUAUUUUCUGUUAUGUAAUUAUAAAUGUACAGUGCUUGCUGUUGCAUUCCAUGUACUUAAGUUAUUACUUUUUAUAUGUCUUUACCUCAUUUUUAUUUGUGUACUUUUUGACUAUUGUAUAACACAUAGUAUGAAAGUAUAAUACAGAUGUUUGUCCUGUUUAGUUCUGUAUAAACA